GGCUGCCUCUGGAGUUCAGCUGUGAGCAUCUCUACAGGAGGGGUGGAAAACUUCACUCCUUCAGCCUCAUCCGAUUGAUUACUCACGACAGACAGAUAGAUAGAUAGAUAGAUAGAUAGAUAGAUAGAUAGAUAGAUAGAUAGAUAGAUAGAUAGAUAGAUAGAUAGAUAGAUAGAUAGAUAGAUAGAUUUGAUGUAGCAAUAAAUGACAUGCAACAACAACAAUCUUUUCAAAGCUUUUUGUAGACAUACAAACACAUUUUGGGAUAAUGCAUAUUUAUAAAUAUAUAAAAUAUUGUUUAAAUUGUAUAACAGUUGCUAUUUUAUGUUGCGAAGACAAUAUAAACUCGUAGACUAUAUAAGCCAUAAACGAUAUAAAAAUGUAAAUGAAAUACUGAUGAUGCAACACACGCUUUGGCGCCUUCUUGCUAUCACAAGACAAACACCUGUUGGUCGUAAUACUAUAAUGGGACAUUCGUCAUCUCAAAAAGUGUUGUGGAAGGGCGUUUAAUAGUCUCAGAGAGAAAAGAGGAGGUAAAUGUCAAGACGAAGAUGAAGUAAUUCGACUUAAAUCCCACCUUUCGGUGAACUUCGACAGCAGCCCUUUGCGAAUCAUGGCUCUAUGAAUGUGUGCAAAGAUCCCAAUGACCUGGAUAAUUGCCUCUGGCCCACAUAGUGUUCUCCAUCCUGCACAAACUUCCAUGUUCCUUUAUCAGUUUGCUGAUGAGAGGAAGUAGACUCCAGUCCUCCUCCACACACUGAUUCUGUUAAGCGUAGGAUGGGACUGACUUUGACCGACAAAUACAACUCGAUACUUUUCACACUGGAAUUGGUUUGGUUGUUACAGGCAGCGUGUGCUGGAGGAACAUGUGAAAAUGUAUUUAAAGGUUUCUCAGACUGCCUGCUCAGCCUUGGAGAAAACAUGGUGAACUAUCCCCAAGAGCUGGAUGACAGCAAAAACCUACAGACCAUCUGCUCAUAUUGGGAUGACUUCCACUCGUGUGCCUCCACCGCUAUCGCAGAUUGUCAAGAAGGAGCUACAGACCUCUGGGAAAAACUGAAACUGCAGUCCCAGAGCUUGAACUAUCAGGGAAGUUUGUUUGAAUUAUGCUCCGGGGAUAAUGGAGUAUCCACAGUUUUAUUACCUAUGGAACUGAAGAUACUGCUGAUGUGUUUUACCACACUGGUGGCUUGGCUUGCUUUUGAGUAAUAAACCCGAAGAUCUGUCCUGAAACAAGUUUCAGAAUGGAUAAUAUGCAUCCUUGUCUCUCUUCAGCUGACUCAGUACAUGUUUUGAUUCACAUAUGAUGAUUAUGGUAAAUAUAGGACUCAUUGGCACUCCUUGACCUAUAGAAGAAUUCAGAAGUAACUCUCUUAAAUGGGUCUUAGGUCUUUU